AUGACUGAAAACGACGAAGCCAAGCCGAGGCAGAGACGGCAAGAUGCUCGAAAGAGAUCACCCAGAAACCGCACAGAGAAGCCCAGAAGGUCAAGUACAAAGACAGUCAUCGAGCCUCUGCCAUCUCCCCAGGAAGAUGAAGAUUUACCUACCUUCUCAGCCGAUGAGGCGCUGGAGACACCCAAGCUAGCACAGCCAAGUCCGAAACAUGACCAUCAGCCUGAGAUUACAUUUGCCUAUUAUCCUUUCCUUUGUAUCACCAAUCUCCGCUCUCUACAUACAGAUGAUGUAAAUUACCUAGAAGCCCAAGGAUGUUUCAAAGUGCCCGAGAGUACCUUCUUGGACGAUCUAGUCCGGGCGUACUUUCGUUAUGCUCAUCCUAUCUUGCCUGUGGUUAACGAAGCUGAGUUCUGGUCUACUUACGACUCUGUCGGCAAGGCUAGUCGAAUUCCUGUUAUACUACUUUCAGCUAUGCUGUUCGUGGCGUGUAAAUAUGUCGAUCAUCAUGUCAUUUCAGGUCUGCAGCUUGAUUCCGCUUACGACGCGCGGAAAAGGUUUCUUCGGAAGACUCAACUUCUAUACGACCAAGAGACAGAGUCAUCGCCAAUCGUACUGGCCCGGGUCUCUCUUCUCCUUGCCCACUGGCCUGUACAGAAAGCCUCUAGAACGAGAAGUCAAUGGCUCAGCCGGGCGAUUUCUCACUGCCAAGAUGCCAUCGCGCAGGCCAAGCUUGUGACAACGCCUAAAACCCGCUUCAGCCACAGCAACCUGAGACGGCUCUUAGGAUGUUGCAUCCUCAGUGACUGUAUUCACAGUUUGUACACCCGUCGACCGCUCAUGAUGCCUCCUGGCAUGGCUGAAGACCACGCCGUCCUUUCUCGUGCCGAUCUGUCGCAUGAGAUUGGACGUUCCCGCGUGUAUGGCGUUGAAUCGAAGCAGCAACUUAUUGAGACCCAUCAACAGCUGUCUUCCCUCAUCAUCAUUUUGAGAAGAGUUCUAGGCCUAGUCUACCCUCAAAACGGAACUUCCAGUGCGUUGAGGCUCAGUGGAAACGACCACGAGCUCCUCGAGUGCAAAGAGCAGCUGAAGUCAUGGUAUAGUAAUAGCUUGGCACUCUUGAUCUCUGGACAAGACUCCGCGUUGGGCGACUCGCCUGUCAGCUCAAAUGAUGAAAGAGAACAUGGAACCUCAAGGCAUGACCCUGUAGAGCUUCUGGUAAGCAUGAUGUACAUCCAUUAUGAUUCUACCAUGUUGUCGCUCUGUCAGAGUGAAGUCCUAAGCCUUGCAACGAGCUCCCGCUUGGCAGCCUCACCUUAUAGGAUGCACGAGCGACCCCUUCGUGAACCGAAACACGAUAUUUCGAGUUGCAUAAUCAGCUUAACAGAUCGCCUCUCGGAUUCCCUGCAACAGCAGUAUCUUUCCCAGGUUCCGGAAAGCAUAGAUGAGCUCGAUUACAUAUUGCAAGCAGUGAAGGCUGUCAACCACACGCUGACUCAGGUCCUGCAGGAGGAUGUCCUCCCGCCCGGUAAAGAACCACUCCAAAUAGGCAGCUGGAGGGAACUGCUGGAUACAAGACCGAGACUGUAUGCUCGUCUCGUCGAGAAACUGGACACUAUCAUCUCUUGGGGUGGACCAAUGCCUGAAACAGACAUGUUCGCCUCACUCAGUGAAGGUCAAAUGCUAUCGAGCCGACGUUCCCGUGUUGAGAAAGUGUUUCCAACUCCGUCUCAGCGAAGCUUCGAUCAUAGGUCACCUCCAGUAUCAUACGGUGGAGAGCCAGCAGCAGGUGGCGCAACCAAUUACCUAGAUGCCCUGGGUGAACAUUUUAGCAAUAUCAUACAGUCCUGUCUUACCGAGGCAUCCGAUGAGACAUACUCGCCAGCCUCGAUGGAUCAUUGGGUGGGGGAGACUGCGCCCGGUGAAAGAAGCGUCCUGGACCAACUUUCGCCGCGCCAAGGGAUCGAAAUAGCAGCGACGGACUUCACUGACGCAGAAGAUGUGGUUUUGGGGGACGGGCUAGGCGAUGACUGGAUCGAUGCAUUGUUGAAGGAGGAUGUGUCGCUGCAGGGUGAUGCAGACUGUCAGAACGCUGGAGAUGUAGACAUGGACGCUUCCAUGACGGUAGUGAUGGAGUAA